GCUUGGUUGGUGUUUGGGCGUCGAUAUUUUUUUUUGUCUGUUGCGGCCGCUAAUGAUGAUUAUUGUGCCGAACUGGCAAUUUGCAUUCGAGGGAAAAGACAGCCAGUUUUUUUUACUUGUCAUUUUUGUUGUGUAACAAUUUUGUCGUUUUCUGGUUGCUUGAAAACAUUAUUCAUUCAUUUUUUGGCAAUCAAAAUCAAAAUCGUCAUCGACAACCACAAGAGAGGCCCGAAAAAUUAUCCUUAAAACGUACGCACCACAAUUAUUUUCGUCCAUCGAGAAUUUGAAAACUUAUUUAGUUAGACGACGACAAAUCCAGAUUUUCCAACCAUCAUCAUUGAGUUUUGAUCGUUGAUUUUUAUCUUUAAAGUCAAAGGAAAAGAUGUUUCAAAAUCGAAAUACAUUUGCAACAUUACCACGUACACAACGUGGUAUGCCAUUAGUAUUGGGUGGUGAUCCAAAAGGAAAAAAUUUCCUUUAUCCAAAUGGAAAUUCAAUUAUAAUUCGUAAUAUUGAUAAUCCAUCGAUUGCUGAUAUUUAUACUGAACAUUCAACAACAACAACAGUUGCAAAAUAUUCACCAAGUGGUUUUUAUAUAUGUUCGGCUGAUAUUGGUGGCCGUAUUCGUAUCUGGGAUACAACACAAUCAGAACAUAUACUUAAAAAUGAAUUUCAACCAUUUGCUGGUAAUAUUAAAGAUUUAGCUUGGUCACCGGAUUCACAACGUAUUGUUGUUGUUGGUGAAGGACGUGAACGUUUUGGUCAUGUUAUUAUGAUGGAAACCGGUACAUCAGUGGGUGAAAUUGCUGGCCAUUCAAAAACAAUUAAUUCAUGUGAUUUUCGUCCAGCACGUCCAUUUCGUAUUGUAACCGGUUCGGAAGAUAAUUUUGUCGGUAUUUAUGAAGGACCACCAUUUAAAUUUAAAACACAAUUAUCCGAUCAUAGUCGUUUUGUACAAAGUGUACGUUAUUCACCUGAUGGUCAAUUAUUUGCUACCGCUGGUUUUGAUGGAAAAAUGUUUCUUUAUAAUGCUAAUGAUUAUAGUAAAUUAGGUGAAUUUACUGUUGAUGAAGGAAAAAAACCAGCACAUGCUGGUGGUAUUUAUGCUAUUUCAUGGUCGAAUGAUGGUAAACAAAUUUUAAGUAGUUCAGGUGAUAAAACCUGUAAAAUUUGGGAUAUUUCAACAUUUACUGCCGUUACUGAAUUUCCAAUGGGUUCCGAUGUAUUGGAUCAACAGGUUAGCUGUUUAUGGCAAAAUAAUCAUCUAUUAUCAGUAUCAUUAUCUGGUUUUAUUAAUUAUUUGGAUAUAAAUAAUCCAUCAAAACCAUUACGUAUUGUAAAAGGUCAUAAUCGUACAAUAACUGCAUUAACACUCAAUACAGCUUCGGAUGAACAACAACGUCUUUAUACAGGUAGUUGUGAUGGUUAUAUAACACAUUGGAAUCCAAAAAAUGGUGAACAUGAUCGUAUUGUUGGUAAAACACAUUCAAAUCAAGUUAGCGGUCUAAUUUUUGAUGGUAAUAAUCGUAUUUAUAGUGCCGGUUUUGAUGAUAUUAUUCGUACAAUCGAUGCAAAUACUAAUGAAUUUAUUAGUGAAUUUAAAUUGGAUCAACAACCACAAGGAUUAACAUUAAGUAAUGAUAAACAAAUUCUUAUUAUUGCCUGUCAUUCACAAUUACAAAUAAGACGUUCAAAUGAUGGUGGUAUACUUUCCACCUUGCCUGCACCAUAUGAACCAUCAAGUAUUACUUGUAAUCAACAAAAUAAUGAUAUUGCUGUUGGUGGUAAUCGUGAUAGUAAAGUACAUGUUUAUCAAUUUGAUGGACAAAAAUUAAUUGAACGUUCAACAACAUUGGAUCAUCGUGCCGGUAUAACGGAUGUUUCUUAUUCACCUAAUGGUAAAUAUUUAGCUGCUUCGGAUCAAAAUCGUAAAAUUAUCUUAUAUAAUACGGAUAAUUAUCAGCCUGCACAUGAUUUAGAAUGGGGUUAUCAUACAGCACGUGUUAAUUGUUUAGCAUGGUCACCAGAUUCAUUAUUAUUAGCAUCGGGUAGUCUUGAUACUGGUAUUAUUAUAUGGGAUUGUUCGAAUCCAACCAAACAUUUUACGCUUAAAAAAGCACAUCCACAAAGUCAAGUAACACAAAUUGUAUGGCUUAAUCAAUCGACUAUUAUUUCGACUGGUCAUGAUGGUACCAUAAAAACCUGGGAAAUUAAAUUACCAUAAACAAAAAACUGAUGACCAUCAACCAA